AUGGAAGUUUGAAUCGAAUUAAAGUCUAGACAGCCUCUCUCUUCGAUCGCACAGCAAUUCAGAGCGACGAAGGGAGAAGUGAAGGAAAAUCAACACAUGGAUUUUGGAACUCAAGCUCAGAAGCACGUUUGGGAAGGAGCGAUUCCCCUGCAGAUCCAUCUCCACGAAUCCGAAGUCACCACUCUCCCACCUCCUCCUCCUGCACUGAUUCUAGGUCCUCGGAUUGGGUACCUGCCUUUGUUAGUUCCUCUCAUAAAGCCUCAUUUCAGUAACACGCUUCCUCCUGGGGUUGACACUGUUUGGUUUGAGUAUAAAGGAUUGCCCCUGAAAUGGUACAUACCAACAGGUGUUCUUUUUGACCUUCUAUGCUUAGAACCUGAAAGGCCAUGGAAUUUAACGGUGCAUUUUAGAGGAUAUCCGGCGAAUCUCUUGAGCCCCUGUGAAGGUGAAGAUAGUGUAAAGGGGAGCUUCAAUAAUUCAUUGAAGGAGGCAGCCUAUGUUAUAAAUGGGAACUGCAAGAAUGUCAUGAACAUGUCGCAGUCUGAUCAAGUGGAUCUGUGGCGAUCUGUGGUUAAUGGUAACAUGGAAGGGUACCUCCGGAUUUCAUCCAAGCUUAAGCUUGGAAUAAUUGGAGAAGAGCAUAAAAUAAAGUUAACACAGCCCCGACAAAGCAAAGAUGAGACAGAUAUCGCAGGACCAAGCCGAACAGGCAGAGUUCCUGUCCGGUUGUAUGUGCAGAAUAUCAUGGAGGAUCUUGAUGAGUUAGAAGAUGCUUCUCCUGUUAACAGUUGGGACAACAUUUUAUACAUAAACCGACCUGUUGUGAUUCACGAGGAAGAAGGUAUGGACUUCACUUUACAUGAUGCAAUCAAGACUCUACUGCCGGAGUUCUUCACUGAUGAAUUGACUGAUGAGCAAAUUACUGCAAUAGAUCCUGAGGAUGAGCAAAGCAACACUGAGACUAACUUGUCUCAUUGCAAUGAAGAGAAUGCACGCAGCAGAAAGAGUGGAGAGGCGGAAGAAACAUCGGAUAAACGGAACCAGGAGUCCUGUUCACCCAACAAGGCUGAAAUCAAGCUCAUCCGGGUCCAAGGGAUUGAACCUAAAUUGGAAAUACCCUUUUCUUGGGUUGUUAACAACUUGAUGAACCCCGAGCACUUUCUUCAUAUUUGUGUUGUUGUCAAACUUCCACCGGACCAAGUCAAUAGAAUGAUGAUGUGAUGGAUCAUAUUCAACUCAUUCGGUCUCUCUUUGAUGAGGAAUCCAGGCCUCCAUUCUUUUGGUUAUCUCAAAUCACAUUCCAUUCGUUGUAUAGAAAUGUACAGAAACUCCUUCAUUUCUUUAUACAGUCAAAGGUAUAGUUUC